AUGAAGGUCGCUUCACUCGCCCUAUGCCUGUUGUAUACAGCAGGCAGCCUUGUACAAGCUGCACCGACGCACAACAAUACCGAGGCAGAAGCAACAAAGCAGCUCAACAAAUGGCAGAAACAGUACGACCAGUACAUCAAAGCGAGUCUCAAGACUCGGCAGACAGGCUGCACCAAUGACAAUAUCGUCAAACGUGCAGAAUGGGGAAGUCUCUCCGCUGGCGAGCGUAAGAAUUACAUCAAAGCAGUCCAAUGCCUCACAACGAAGCCCGCCAAAAUCUCAAAGAGCGAAGCCCCUGGUGCCCGAAGCCGCUUUGAUGAUUGGGACGCAGUCCACAUCAAACUAACCAACAACGUCCACUUCAGCGGUCUCUUCCUGCACUUCCACCGCUACUUCCUCUGGCUCUACGAGAAAGCGCUGCAAGACGAAUGCGGCUACAAAGGCACGCAGCCCUACUGGGACUGGACGCUCUCCUGGCAAGACCCCUCCAAAUCCACCGUCUUCGACGGCUCCGACACCUCCAUGGGCUCCAAUGGGAAAUACAUCCCCAACCGCAACGGCACCGCCAUCUCCGCCUUUGGCCUCCACGCCGUCAUUCCCCCCGCCACCGGCGGCGGCUGCGUCUACUCUGGCCCCUUCCAGAACCAUUCUGUGAAUUUGGGGCCCGUGGCGUAUGCGCCUUACGGACCUGAUGGAGGGUUGGGGUAUUACCCCCGCUGUUUGGCGAGAGAUUUGGCGCCCGGGUUUUCGAAUCAGACGAAGCCAAGUGAUGUCGUGCAUGUGAUUAGGGAUACCGAUGAUCUCUACACUUUUGAUGACGUCUUUGAGGGCUUGACGGGCGUGCAUGCAGGCGGCCAUUUCCAGAUGGGUGGGACGGGGAUCGAUGCGUUUGCGUCUCCGGGGGAUCCGGCGUUUUAUCUGCAUCAUGCGCAGGUUGAUCGAGUGUGGACGUUGUGGCAAGACCUCAAGCCGGAGGAGAGGAGGAAUCAGGUCUUUGGGACAUCGACGGCUUUCAACAAUCCCCCAAGCGCCAACAUCACGCUCGACACAGAAGUCGACUUCGACGUCUUGGCGCCGAAGAAGAAGAUCAGCGAUUUGGUCAGUACAGUUGAUGGGCCGUUCUGCUAUCAGUAUGUGUAA